UCAUAUAAAUUAAACAUGUGCUGCAGGAUUUAAUAUCCUGUGAAAAGUGCUUUUGAAACUCUUUAAACUCGAAGAGACAUUGAUUGAGCGAAAGUUUAUGGAAUAUUUUUAAGCAAAUUUACAAGAAAUUGCGAAAAUCUCAAACGGCAAACUUUUCUGAGUUCCAAGCAAUCAAAAAAAAUUCAAUAGCAAUCCUGCGGCUCAGAGCUAGUGCAUCCAAAAUGACAGCUGAGGUAAAGCGAACCAACUCGACGACUGCUCUGCAGCACAUCGAAGCCGGACUCAAUGUGCUCAACCAGCUGUGCAUUGGAUUCGUCACAAUUUGGAUAUGCUGGAACUGCCUGCGCACGGGGCUGGUGGGGAUUCGGCUGCACGUCUGGCUGGCAUCGUUUGGCUUUGUGUUCCUGAUGGCCGAGGGCAUGAUGUGCUUCUACGAUGGCAACUGGCUGACAUUGCGCUACACGCGAAAAACCAAGACGGCGGUUCAUGUGGUGCUCCAGAUACUCGGCGGCGGCAUGGGCGUGGCCGGCUGCCUGGUCCAGCUCAUACGCGACGACUGGAACUUUGGACCCACCAUCCAUUCCCGGCUGGGAUUUGCAGCCUUUGUCCUGAGCCUGAUCUCACUACUGAGUGGAAUUGUCGCUGUGCUGGCCCGCAGCCUGUCGCGAAUUGUGUCGCCGCUGGCCAACAAGACGUUCCACGUGCUGCUCAGCCUGGCCACCUUUGUGAUUGCCAUGUUGGCACAGUUCUACGGCUAUACGCAGACGGGCAUAUUCAAGGGUCAGGGAAACGAUUUCGUGAUCCUCAUGCAGGUUGUGACCCUCGUCGCAAUGGUCCUAACUUGCAUCGCCCUGCUCAAGUCUCUAUAUCAAAAAUGUGUCAGUUUUGCCAGCUAAGGCUAAUUAUACCCUGAACCCAUUCAAAAUGGGUAUAAGGGUAUAU